AUGUCACACGUCCACCCUUCUCGACAGGCAUAUGUCGAAAAUGCCGAGUCUCAGAAUGCGCCGCCUAGGGGUCAGAUCGCCUUGAGCGAUCCCUCUCGGCCUACAAAUGCAACCGGUUCCAAGUCUAACAGCUCGUCUGGAAAAGCCAUGGACUACAAUUACGACAUGCCCGCGGGCGCGGGCGCCUCUGGCAAUGCCUCGGCGAUCAUGUCCGGCUUCGACAGGAAGAAGAUAGCCGAUGCCAUACCAGUCCCGACCAACGACGGCCGCGUCCGCGCCAGGCUGCGAGAAAUGGGCGAGCCCAUAACCCUGUUUGGAGAAGAUGCCAAGGAACGGCGAGAUAGGCUGCGAGAACUUCUCAUGCAGGAGAAGGAGAGGCAACAGGCCAAUGGACAGUUGGAAGGCGGCCAGGACGUCGAGAUGGAAGAUGUCGAUGAGGAGGACGAUGAGGAUGAGGAGCAGGAAGAGGAAUUUUACUCACGCGGCGGCCCAGACCUGCUCAACGCAAGGGUGGAAAUUGCCAAGUACUCGCUGCCCCGCGCAAAGCGGCGCAUUGCCUUUCAGAAGAUAGAGGCCAAGAUACCUCAAAGGACUCACAUGAGGGCCAGAAAACAGAUCAAGGAGAGGUUGCAGGGCUUCGAGCUGCAGGGGUCACAAACAGCCGGCCAGCGGCAUAUCAGCAUCACAAGAAUAUCACCGAACGGCGAGAUUGUUGCGACAGGAAAUUGGGGUGGACAGGUCAAGCUUUUCAGCAUACCGAAUUUGGACGAAACCAUGAACCUGAGGGGCCACACCAACAAAGUCAGCGGAAUGUGUUGGUUCCCGGGCGCGACCCUGCAGGAAAGCAACGUUUCGGCCGAGUCUGUAAAUCUUGCGACGGGCGGUGCCGAGGGUCAGGUCAAUCUGUGGUCACUUAGUCAAGACACGCCGCUUGCUACGUUGUCGGGUCAUACGCAACGUGUAUGUCGUGUCGAUUUCCAUCCGUCAGGGCGAUUUCUCGCAUCAGCAUCAGAAGAUACGUCAUGGAGACUCUGGGACGUGGAGAAGAGGACGGAACUACUGCUUCAGGAGGGGCAUUCUCGAGGAGUCUUUGCAGUCAGCUUCAACGGUGACGGAUCCCUACUGGCAAGUGCUGGCCAGGACAGCAUCGGCAGAAUAUGGGAUCUUAGGACAGGGAGAACGAUCAUGAUUCUCGACGGGCAUAUGGAUGGACAUAUCAAACCGAUCUACGCGCUUGACUGGGGCUCUGACGGCCACCGGGUGCUCUCUGCAUCAGCGGACGGUUGGAUCAAGUGCUGGGACGUGCGGAAAGUCCAGAGGACAGGCGGUGUCGGCGCACAUACGAGCGCGGUCUCGGACAUGCGGUGGUUCAAGGGGCUUGACGGACCACUAGAUGGCGUGCCACUGAGGGUAGAUGAAAAGGGGCAGCCCAUGCCUAAGAAGUCAGGCACAUUCCUGGUGUCUAGUGGCUUCGACCACAAGGUCAACGUUUAUUCUGCGGAUGAUUGGGCUUUGGUACAAUCCUUGAGCGGACAUACAGGUCCAGUAGCUAGUGUUGAUGUGAGCAGAGAUGGCAGGUGGAUCGUCAGUGGUGGACACGAUCGCACGGUGAAACUCUGGGGGCGGAAUGACGGAGAGGGUGUUUGA